AUUCCAAUAAACGGUUUGUAGUGAAUACUGCAAUAAAAUGCAUUUAUUUUCAGUUCUUCUUUUGUGUCGGCAGCUUUUUUGGCCCUGAUGAUACUGAAUGGCAGAAAGUAAUUUCUCGUGAUAUAACUACACCUAUUAAUCCUACAUAUGUUCUUGGACCGAAUCAAACUGAGCAUGUCAAGUAUUUUCCUAUGGAGACUGGUCUAAUAGCACCUGGCAUUAUGUUUUUGGGCGAUCAAGGCGUGAUGACUGCAGAUUGUGGUUUAAAAAUUGCCUAUUUAAGCAGCAUAGAACAACAAGGCAGCUAUUUUGGAUUUUCUAAAGAGAACGUUGAUGAACUGAUUAAAAGUGCUUCUGAAGUGAAAAUUGAUAUGUUAUUUACUUCACAAUGGCCAGAGGGGAUAAAAAUUCAUGCCAAAGAAUCUAAAAAUGAAUCAUCAGCCAUCAAUUUUGAAUCAAAACUGGUUGGAAAUUUGGUAAAAGGAGUGAAACCUCGUUACCAUUUUGCUGGCUUUAGAAGCUUAGAUUAUGAGACUCUCGCAAAAAAGAGCUUUGUUCCGAUAGAAUCGCCAGGUUCUCGUCCCACAAAAUUUAUUGGGUUAGCUCCCAUUGGAAAUGAAGAGCAAUUGAAGAACUUCUAUGCUUUUAAAAUGAAGUCAUCUGUUCAAGAUUCUACAGGUGAAGGAUCAUCCACUGGGACUAAAAGAGCAUUACCAUACCAAAAUAUAAAUCCUCUUAAAAGAUUCAAGCCUCUGGAAGGAACAUCACCAACUGAAAGGAAACCAGUCCAGUACUUUUUCGACAUGGGACCUAGUACCAGCACUGAGAAACGCCCAGGAAGUGCUCUUAGCAAAUAUGGGGAGUCUUCGAAAAGCCAAGCUAAUGAAGAGGUGAACCCCUCUGGAUGUUGGUUCUGCUUACAAAAUGACGUAGCGGAUAAGCAUCUCGUCAUUAAUGUAGGAGAAAAUGUUUAUUUGGCUCUUGCUAAAGGCUGCCUUGUUACAGAUCAUGUAAUUAUUGUGCCAAUAAGUCACAUUCCAUCAUUAGUUUCUCUGCCCAAACAGGUUGAAGAUGAGAUGGAAAAGUAUAAGCAUGCUCUUGCGAACUUUUUCUUUGAUCAACAAAAAGCAGUGAUUUUCUUUGAAAGAUAUGUUCCUACUAUGCAUUCAAGUCUUCAGGUUGCGCCAAUUGAAAAUAUCCGAGGUUACGGAGUUAAAAGUGCUUUGUUUGAAGUUGCUGCUGAAAACCACGUCCAUGUAGAGGAGAUAUCUCGUCACUCAUCUAUAAAAGAGGUAAUCCAACCAAACCAACCAUACUUUUAUUUGGAAGUUCGAGUUGACAAGAUACCUAUCUUUAAGGCUGUGAGUAAAGAACGAAUUCCUGUAAAGUUUCCGAGGACGCUGAUGGUACACCCAGAAGUACUUGAGUUACCAAGGCUCGUCAUUGAUUGGAGAAGAUGUGGUUAUACCAUAAUUGAAGAAGUAUCAUGGGUGGAACAGUUCCGAAGUGAAUUUAGAAGAUAUGCUCCAUAAAAAGAGGAGGCUUUAAAUGUGCAGGAUUUCACCACCAUUUAAAAUGUCAUGUAUUCACAUAUAUGUCAUGCAUUCACUUCUUUUCUAACUUGGUGUUUUUGUACUUUUCUUCAUUUCAUUUUUAAUACAUAAAGUGUUUGCGCUUCAUUGUCGUGAAUAUAAAUUGUUUAGCUGUUUGUGCUUCAUUGUCAUCUGAAUAUACAUUGUUUAGCUAUUUGUACUUUAUUGGCAUCUGAAUAUAAAUUGUUUCCAAAUUA